AUGGAGAUGGAGAGCACGGCGGCCUCCACCCGGUUCCACCAGCCUCACAUGGAGAGGAAGAUGAGCGCCAUGACCUGUGAGAUCUUCAACGAGCUCCGUCUGGAGGGCAAGCUCUGCGACGUGGUCAUCAAGGUCAAUGGCUUCGAGUUCAACGCCCACAAGAACAUCCUCUGUAGCUGCAGUUCCUACUUUAGAGCGCUGUUUACUAGUGGCUGGAACAACACUGAGAAGAAGGUAUACAACAUCCCUGGCAUUUCUCCAGACAUGAUGAAGUUAAUUAUCGAGUAUGCCUACACCAGGACUGUGCCCAUCACCCCUGACAACGUGGAGAAGCUGCUGGCUGCUGCAGACCAGUUUAACAUCAUGGGCAUUGUUAGGGGUUGCUGCGAGUUCCUCAAGUCGGAGCUGUGUUUGGACAAUUGCAUUGGCAUCUGCAAGUUCACAGACUACUACUAUUGCCCCGAGCUAAGGCAGAAGGCCUACACGUUCAUAUUGCAUAACUUCGAGGAGAUGGUGAAGGUCUCGGCGGAGUUUCUGGAGCUCUCGGUUACAGAACUUAAGGAUAUCAUUGAGAAAGACGAGCUCAACGUCAAGCAGGAAGACGCUGUGUUUGAGGCCAUUUUAAAGUGGAUUGCUCAUGACCCCCAAAACAGGAAGCAGCACAUUUCAGUUUUGCUUCCUAAGGUUCGUCUGGCCCUAAUGCAUGCUGAGUACUUCAUGAACAAUGUGAAGAUGAAUGACUACGUCAAAGACAGUGAGGAAUGCAAGCCAGUCAUCAUUAAUGCCCUAAAGGCCAUGUAUGACCUAAACAUGAAUGGACCUUCCAAUUCUGACUUCACCAACCCACUCACCAGGCCCCGCUUGCCCUAUGCCAUCCUAUUUGCAAUUGGUGGCUGGAGCGGUGGAAGCCCUACCAAUGCUAUCGAGGCAUAUGAUGCUCGGGCAGAUAGAUGGGUGAAUGUCACUUGCGAGGAAGAGAGUCCUCGUGCCUACCAUGGGGCGGCCUAUUUGAAAGGCUACGUUUAUAUCAUUGGGGGGUUUGACAGCGUCGACUACUUCAACAGCGUGAAGCGCUUCGACCCUGUGAAGAAAACCUGGCAUCAAGUUGCCCCGAUGCACUCUAGACGUUGCUACGUGAGCGUGACGGUCCUCAGCAAUUUCAUUUAUGCCAUGGGCGGGUUUGAUGGCUACGUGCGUCUCAACACCGCUGAACGUUACGAGCCAGAGACCAAUCAGUGGACACUCAUCGCCCCCAUGCACGAGCAGCGGAGCGAUGCAAGCGCCACGACCCUCUAUGGAAAGGUCUACAUAUGUGGUGGGUUUAAUGGAAACGAAUGCCUGUUUACAGCAGAAGUGUACAACACUGAGAGUAACCAGUGGACAGUCAUCGCACCCAUGCGGAGUAGGAGGAGUGGAAUAGGCGUAAUUGCUUAUGGGGAACACGUAUAUGCGGUAGGUGGCUUUGAUGGAGCUAAUCGACUUAGGAGUGCAGAAGCCUACAGUCCAGUGGCUAAUACUUGGCGCACAAUCCCCACGAUGUUUAACCCUCGUAGCAACUUUGGCAUCGAGGUAGUGGAUGACCUGCUGUUUGUGGUAGGUGGCUUUAACGGCUUCACUACCACCUUUAAUGUUGAGUGCUAUGAUGAGAAGACUGAUGAGUGGUAUGACGCUCAUGACAUGAGUAUAUACCGCAGUGCUUUGAGCUGCUGUGUGGUACCAGGGCUAGCCAAUGUUGGGGAAUAUGCAGCUAGACGGGACAACUUCACAGGAUUAGCACUGCGAGAUGAAGUAAAGUAUUCCGCUUCGACAAGUACCCUACCUGUAUGA